CCCCGGAAGUGACGCAACGCGCUGUACUGCUUUUCCCUUUUGUCGUGCGGUAGCAGCGUUAGCCAUCAAAGAUGACUACAGCUGCAAGACCGACGUUUGAGCCAGCAAGAGGAGGGAGAGGGAAAGGAGAAGGCGAUCUGAGUGCCCUCUCCAAACAAUAUUCCAGUAGAGAUCUUCCAGGUCACACAAAGAUCAAGUACAGGCAACCCACCCAGGAUGCCCCAGAGGAGGUCCGUGCCCGUGACUUUCGCAGGGAGCUCGAGGAAAGGGAACGUGUUGUCGCCCGCGACAAGACCAGAGAGAGGGGACCAAGAGAGCACACAACAUCAUCCUCAUCCUCAUCAUCUUCGUCCUCAAAGAGACCCAGGCUGGAUCAGAUCCCAGCAGCCAACCUCGAUGCUGACGACCCUCUCACUGACGACGAUGAGGACGAAGACUCCGAGGACGACAGCGAUGACGAGGACACUGCUGCUCUCCUUGCUGAGCUUGAGAAAAUCAAGAAAGAACGGGCCGAAGAACAGGAGCGCAAAGACCGAGAGCAAAAGGCUGAGGAGGAAAGGAUUCGGAUGGAAAAUAUCUUGAGUGGCAAUCCAUUGAUCAAUUUGGCCGGGCAACAGCAGCAGGCCCCAACGCCGACUACAUUCAGGGUCAAGAGAAGAUGGGACGACGAUGUUGUGUUCAAAAACUGCGCAAAAGGAGUUGACGAGGCACGGAAAGAGAAACGCUUCGUCAAUGAUACACUUCGAUCGGAAUUUCACAAGAAAUUUAUGGAAAAAUAUGUCAAAUAAACGUCCUGUGUUUUCCUGAUAUCUUUUUUUUUUUAAUCUUAUGACUUUGGUUUUCUCCAUUUGGCCUAACGGUGAUGGAUGAGAUUUUACAAAAACCCUUGAAGUUGUAGACUGGUAAAUUGCUGUAUAUAAGUGAGUGGCAACUUUCAACUUUAAGUAAACCUGAAAAAAAGUUUAAAAAAAUUAAAUGUGACUCAACAUUUCCUUCUAUGGUUUGCUUUAUUUCAAUAAAAACUUAAGUGACUCAA